GAGGAACAUGAACGAGUUAACUGUGACCAUGAGCCAGUCGUACAGCACACAUCAGCUUCACUGAGACGGCUCCUCCCCCUUCCCCUCCCAUUUCUCAAUCUCCGUCUCUCCGCUCCCGUUCUACACUACGAAGCAGGCGGAGGAGGAGUAGCAGCGGCAGAUCAGGCAUCAGCGCGAUGGCAAUCGACGGGUUUGACCCAGGUCGAAACGGUUGUGGUAAUGUGGACUGCGAGAUGAGCAGCGCUUGUAAAAGCUGUAAGAUGCGGAGAGAGCAUUACUUCUGGAACCACAUGAGGGAUGACCAGAUGCAGUUCAUUGUCAGGGCUUCUGGCGAUUUCAAGGACAGUCUGAUCUUUGAAGGCGUUCCUCAUGGCGCUCCUUGUGAUCCUCAUGUGUUGAAUGAACAAGUACAACUCGAUCCUGCACAUGUUCAGACCUCAACUGACUUUGGCUAUACCACGUUGCCUGGGUGUCGUCUAACCAAAGCACAAGAUGAGAAAGUACUAGACAUAGCUCGUACCAUGAGGUCUGAAAUGCCCCUUUAUGUGACCACCAUGAACAAAAGCAAUGUCCACUUGAAGGAUUGCUCUGUUAACAUGCCGUUAAAGCUUUUGGACCAUUUCCAAGAGGACAUAUCUAAAGCUACUGUUCAACUAGAAGACUCUGGUUGCAAUCUAUACAGCGUUGAAGCUAGCAAGCACACUGAUGAUCAAAUUGUCCUCCAAUCUGGGUGGUAUGAUUUUGUAGUUUUCCAUAGCAUACGAGAGAAGGACCUCCUGAUUUUUAGAAGCAAGGGGAGAACACGCCUUCAAGUGCUCAUCAUUGGCCCAGGCAGCCAUCAGAGAACCUGAUCGCCUCAUGCAGUCUACUCUGCGAAUAUUUCUGAUGAUGAACACAUUGUGGGAGAAGACACUAAAAAAUCAUCUAGGUGGCAAAAUCAGGUACCUGAUCGCCGUGUGAAAACUCAAAAGGUGGCUUCAACAUCCUCCCCGUCUGCUAAACCAGGAUAUGAAGCUCAUCAGCUGAAUGGUGGAGCAUCCGUGGAGCUUGGGGUCGAUUCAGAACCUCUUAGCUCAAACAAUCCCGUGGGGCCUUCCCAGUGUCCAUACAUUAUAGCCGAAGGGAUAACUAGUCUAACUGGGCCGAUGAAGAAGAAAGUGGAGGAGAAAGUCCAAACAAUUCGAUCUGAACUCCCUAUCUUUGUGGCAGUCAUGACGAAAAGCAGGAUUAUUGGCAUAUCUCUUCGUUUGCGGUUCUGCAUGGAAUAUGGAAGAUAUCUUCCAGAUAGAAAACAGGCUCUUGUGCUUCAGCUGGAGGGAAGUGAGAUGGAGUGGCGCACCACGGUCAAGACAGAUGUGAAGGGAGGGAGGUGGAUUUGUGCAGGCUGGGCAGAAUUCGUCGCCGGCAAUCACCUGCAGCUGGAUGAUAUUGUCCUCUUCCAACUAGCAAAGAGCACGAAUGAGGUUAGGAUGAAUGCAGGAAAGAGGACGAGUGAGCUUAGGAUGACCGUCUAUUUACUCCGCAAGUCGGACAUAGAGAGUAGCUGAACUCGUAUCAUGUACUGGUAUCAGUCCGUUGUCUGUACGGUUUAAACCCUGUCAUGGGAUCGAGUGUGAGCUUUCAUCUGAUGCUCCUGUAUUCUUGCUGAUUAGUGAUCAAAUUAUCUCCAAUGAGACAUGAUGUAAGUUGUGGACCAUAAUAUGUUGUGUUCCCUACUUC